UGCUGACACACAAACCACAGUCAUGGCGUUCCCUCGGCUCUCUGCCUCCAUGCUGUUGGCUUCUUUGAUUCUUCUUCUCUACUGGACGGCUGCAUCAGCUCGUUCACAUGACCCCACCUCCUCCAACCUGUCACCCCUCUACAGGGUGAAGAGAGACAUGCCUUUCAACACCAAAGAGAGAGUGGCAGCAUCUUUUACAGUGCUGAAGGACUCCCUGUCUGUGGUGAAAGAAGUGAUUGGAAAGAGUACCACCAGUACGGUGUCAGGGGUGAUUAAGAGUCUUGUCAACAUCGCCAGCUUGGCGCCCGGCAUCGCAGGUCUGGUCUCCUCUUUUCUCAACUUGGCCUUGUCCUUCGUCCCUCAAGAAAACCCUCUGAAGGCGCUCAAGGCAGGGUUUGCUGAAGUGAACAGGAAGCUGGACUCACUCUCCAUCUGGAUCUCCAACCUGGCGACAGAUGUGGAAUGGUACAACUACGCCAGCGUCUACUCUCAAGACGAGGUCCGCAUCCUCAACGCCUGGAAGAAGUUCGGUGAGUUCCGUGAGAACAGUGAGCUGGUACAAAGUGAAGAUGAUAAACUCAGACUGGCAGAGGUAUUCACCAACUACUACGAGAACACGGCAACCGAGGCCAGCGUGGCCAACCUUUACCAUUACGUGACGGUCAGCAACAUGUCACUCAGUAGAAACCUCAAUGACCUGCUGAGGAAGAAGUUCAAAUGUAGCAUUCGUGAGAUUGGCAAUUAUAACCUGUACUUCAGCACUCUGCUGUGGAGGGGGAUGGUGCUCAACCAGCUGUACUGGGACCUGAUCGGUCUCAGUCAAACAGGCAUAACAGAUCGAUACACCGAGAUGUUGAAGAACGUCUCUAGUACUCAGGUAUCAGUCGUGGAGUUCUGCCUCAACAACUAUGAGCAGUACGUGAAGAAUGAUGUCGAGGAGAUCAGCAAAGCCCUCAGUCCUGACGACAAAGAAGCCAUCGCUGAAAAGGUGAAAAAAGCUCUGGAUGAGAAGUUCUACUGGUACGACUGGGUGGUACUGGUGUACAACUCGAACGACGACAGCUACCACAGAUUUUAUAGCAAGAUGAUAAAAGUCUCUGUGAAUCCAAUCACUGUUGCUGUGGGCUACACUCAGAAAGCAGACGAGAUAUAUAAAGCACAUGUAAAAACUGUGCUGAACCAAUGCACCUCAUAUAGAAUAUACCCGACUGGUCCAUUUGCGGCCCCAAACCUGCCUCCGUGUAACCACAUCAUACAGAAAAUGAAAGAAUGUAAUCAACUCGUGGCUGGCGCUCCUAUCAGAGACUACGUUAAGGAGAUGGAAUCUGGUGCAGGUGAUUUUGUUCAAGUCCCGGAAAAACUGAUGGAAAUCCAUUGUAAAGGGAGCGGGUUUACGGACAGGAUGUCUGUUUACUACUCCCGAACCAUCGAUCCAUGUGUGUCUGACACAUGUAACACAGGAGAGUGCAAGAGGCUGCUGGACUCCAACGAACAUCUGUGUGAGUGUCCUGAUGGUUACUAUGGAGAUAGCUGUGAAAAGGAGCUGAACCCCAACAAGGUCCCAGCGAUCGAUAAAGGCCAAACUGUGCCCGACUUCACCAGCAUCAACGCCAAGCUGAGAGCGAUGGAGGCCAAACUGGACGACAUCCUCAAUAAGAUGUGUCCUGCUCAGUAA